AUGGAAAGCAUCAGUGUGGAAACGGACUGGGAUGGGUUAGCCCUCUCCUCUCUGGUCGCCACAGGAAGAAACAACUUCUCUUCCUCGUCCCUGUUUGUCUCUGAGCUGAACUCCCUCAAUACUUCUCACAGUGGGGGAUCCUUCUUUGGGAUCUUCCCUGAGAAUGGUUCCAUCACCACGCCUCACACCCUGCCCCAGCCCAGGAUUAGGGACCUGGGCCUGGCCCGGGCAGAGAUAGCAGUGCUCGGGGUGGUGCUGGCUCUUACCACCCUGGGGAAUAGCUUUGUGCUGUGGGUGCUGCUGAGGAGGAGGAAGCACAAUGCUCCGAUGCACGUGUUCAUGGUCAACCUGUGUGUAGCUGACCUGGUGGUGGCCUUCUUUCAGGUUCUUCCCCAACUAAUAUGGGAUAUCACAGAGAAGUUUCAGGGGCCUGACUUGCUCUGCCGGUCCAUCAAGUACUUGCAGAUUGUGGGCAUGUUUGCUUCUUCUUACAUGAUAGUUGCCAUGACAGUAGACCGGCACCAUGCCAUCUGCUGCCCAUUGCAGGCCUACCGUGGUGGAGCAAUGUCCCGCUGGAACACCCCUGUCAUGGUGGCCUGGGGCUUGGCACUAUUCCUCAGCAUACCACAGGUGUUCAUCUUCUCUCGCUCAGAAGUGGCUCCUGGAGAGUACGAAUGCUGGGGUCACUUUGCUGAGCCGUGGGGGCUGAAGGCCUACGUCACCUGGAUGACUGUGGCUGUCUUCCUCCUGCCUGCCCUCAUUAUUACCAUCUGUCAGAUAAGAAUCUUCCGAGAGAUUCACAAUAACAUUUACCUGAAGUCAGAGAGGAUGGUGAUGGCUGAGUUGAAGAAGAAUGAAAUCUUCUUCCGCUUCCAGCCUUUUAAGAAGGAGGAAGAGCGGGCCAGGGAGAGGGGGAGGAGGGCGUCUGGAGGAGGGGGCAGGGACGGGAGAGGAGGACAGCUCUUAAAGGGUGUGAAUAACAACCCUCACAAUAACACCCAUAACAACCAAGUAGGCGAGUGUUACAACUAUGUAUCAUCCGCUAUUCACUACAAUAGCUGCCGCGGUGAACAUGUGACAACAACAUCGCCAACACAACAGCAAACACUGAGCGGCUCAGAUUGCCAGGAGUCCUACACGUCCUACGAGCUGGCCUCAGGCUCACCCCCCUGCUCCCUUGACUAUGCCCCCCCUCACCCUCCAACCAUUCCGCCUCCAAGCAUCACUAAGGCCAUGUCCAAGACAGUGAGAAUGACCCUGGUCAUCGUGCUGGUCUAUACUAUCUGCUGGUCACCUUUCUUCAUCGUCCAGCUUUGGGCGGCCUGGGACCCCAACCCUCCAGACCAUGGAGUGGCAUUCACAAUCCUGAUGCUGCUGGCCAGUCUGAACUCCUGCACCAACCCGUGGAUCUACACAGCUUUCUCCAGCAGCGUGUCCAGAGAGCUACAGAACUUGCUGCACUGUCGGUCACGACCUGGUCGUAGGGGCUCACUGCCCGACGACUCCACCACCACACACACCUCCACCACCAAGGACAGUCUGUACUGAAAGAGGCAAAUGAGGCAGAAACAGAUGCACAGAGACAUGUUUGAAAAGACAUGCAGGGGUGCACACAAGCCCGUUGCAAGGACGUGCUGUUGCACACAACUCCGCCGCCACCACCACCUCCAGUGUCACAACAUGUGAACGGAGAGCGCUGACCUCUGCCAGAUGUUUCCAAUAACAAAGGACAGCUGUACUGUCAGCAGAACCUCUAUCUGUAAUCACCUGUCCACUGCACUGCAGCAGUGAGGAAGGGUUUCAUUGAAGAUGUCAACACCAUUUUAUGAAGGCCCUGUGGAAUAUACUGUACAGUGACAGUCAGUGACAGCUUUUGCACGGAAAAUGGCCUUGAAAGUAAAGAGAUAUUCACCUCAGCUGCGGUUGACCCUGUGCAUUGAUUGAAUAUGAGAAAUGAGAAAAAGCCUUGCCCUGCUCAGACAGAGCAGAGCCACAGGAAUGCAAGGGAUGGAUCACUGUACUGAUGGACUUACGGCACGCCUAAUCUACAAAGCAGCAGCCAAAGCUAUGGGUGUAGAGAAAACAAAGCAGCAGGGAAUUAGAGAGAGAGAGACACAUACAGACAGCAAGAGAGAGCAAGACUGCUGUUAGACUGAGAACAGACAGGAGAUGACAUGGAUGUUACAGCUGCAGGAGUGGACCUGAGAAGGCUCCAGUCAAAAUCUAAUAAUGUGAACAAACUUUGUUAAAUCAAAGAAAGUGGAUUAGGGAUGAAUGCUUGAGGCUGAAUUCAUAUUCACUCAAGAGGAAUCUGGUUCCAAAGAACAAUAGUGAUUUGUUAGCAAGAUGGAUGGAGAUUCACUCAUGAGGAUGGUGCAGUAGAGUCAAGACACUGCCCCACAAGGAACUGGAAUACCGUGGUUUAAUAACACAGACAAGAGGAAUGAUUGUCCUGGAAGAAUACAAAUGAGUAAUCCAGGUUUCCGCAACCAACCGGGACACAAUUAUGUGAUUGUAUUUCUUACAAAGACAGCAUGUGAGGUACACAAAAUUACCUUCCUGUCAUGCUGAAAGAAUGAAAUGAGAACAUUAACAUCAAGGAAAAGACAGGAAGAAAAUAAAUAACAACAGCAUUCCAUGUACAGUGAUGAACAACGUCAAGUAUAUUUAUUGAAAAUGUAAGGCACAUUACAUAUCAUUAGAUUUUGUGUAAGAUGAACGUUGAAUGUAAAUCAUACAAUUGUAAUGGUCCGACGUAUUUAGUAGAAAACAAGAUGUCAAACCAAAGAUUUUUUUAUAGCUUGACAAUAUAAUCAAUUCAGGUCUUAAUGGUUGAGAUAAUACAAAGCUUCAACAGACAAGACAUAUUACGUGUAUAGAGAAACUACUGCACAUCAUUUAGACUGCAUGUCAGUUGAAGAAAACUUCAGUGAAAAUAAUCCCAGUCUUACCAAGUGCCUAUAGUAUCAGUAGACAUGAAGAGGGGUCUCCCUCACUGGAUUAAUCUUUGAAUGAUGACCGCCAUGUUUUUCUUAGACAGCGCAACCACCAGAGCAGGGAUCAUAGGUAAUGUUAUAUCACACCAUGCGUUCUUUUAAUAUUUUAUUUAUUGUUGUAUAAAUGAAAAUAUACAUAUAUACAUAUAUUUAAUUUCCUGUUAUUGUCUUAUGUUCAUGUACAGUUUUCAUAUCACAUUUUCUCUGCAUUAAGAGCAAUGUAUUGUGCCCCUCAACUGCAUGACAGAGUAAAAAUGGUAAUGUUAUGACAUGUUUUAAAUAAAAGUUUAUAUAAGCUGUU